UGUGUCUGAUAAGACGGGCUUAACAGAACUGGCUAAAGGACUAGCAGCUGCUGGGCUCUCUCUGGUGGCUUCUGGUGGUACAGCAACCAAACUGAGGGAUGUGGGACUCCAGGUAUCAGAUGUAGCAGAAGUGACAGGGGCAGCAGAGAUGCUGGGGGGCCGGGUCAAGACACUGCACCCAACCAUCCAUGGAGGAAUUUUGGCAAGAGAUACGCCUUCAGAUCUCGCCGACCUUUCGGCGAGAAAAAUAGAUAUGAUCCAGGUGGUAGUCUGCAAUUUAUACCCAUUUGUGAAAACUGUCAGUCGUGAAGAUGUGUCUGUUAAUGAAGCUGUAGAGAAUAUAGACAUUGGAGGAGUAACACUCCUCAGGGCAGCAGCAAAGAACCAUUCUCGUGUGACUGUUCUGUGCGACCCAGAUGACUAUUCUCUUGUCCUUAGGGAACUGAAAAAUGGAGACACCUCUUUGAAUACCAGGCAGAAGCUUGCACUCAAGGCCUUCACUCACACAGCUAUGUAUGAUGAUGCAAUUAGUGACUACUUCAGGAAAACCUUUUCAAAGGGUGUAAGUCAACUUCCUCUUCGAUAUGGCAUGAAUCCUCACCAGAAACCAGCACAGAUAUUCACUACUGGUGAAAAACUACCAUUAACAGUGGUGAAUGGAUCCCCAGGCUUCAUCAACCUCUGUGAUGCUUUGAAUGGUUGGCAGUUAGUUCAUGAACUUCGAGCAGCACUUAGUAUGGAAGCAGCCGCUUCUUUUAAGCAUGUCUCGCCUGCUGGAGCUGCAGUUGGUGUUGCACUUGACAGUACUGAGGCUAAAGUCUGUAUGGUUGAUGAUCUUGGGGACUUACCUCCUCUUGCAACAGCUUAUGCCCGUGCUAGAGGAGCAGACCGGAUGUCAUCUUUUGGUGACUUUGUUGCAUUGUCUGAUGAAUGUGAUGUCCUUACAGCAAAGAUCAUAUCUAGGGAGGUAUCUGAUGGUGUGAUUGCUCCAGGUUACACCCACCAGGCCCUAGAGAUACUGAAGAAGAAGAAAAAUGGAGGUUACUGCAUACUUCAGAUGGAUCCAAAUUAUGAAGGAGAUUUGGUUGAACGCCGUACGAUUUUUGGCCUCACUCUAGAACAGAGGAGAAAUGAUGCUACUAUAACGCCUGAUCUUCUUAGGGAUAUCGUAACCAAGAAGAAGGAGCUUAGUGAAGAAGCCAUUCGGGAUCUGAUUGUUGCCAGCAUAGCAGUGAAAUAUACUCAGUCCAACUCUGUUUGCUAUGCUAAGUCUGGCCAGGUUAUUGGUAUUGGUGCAGGCCAGCAGUCUCGCAUUCAUUGUACGAGACUUGCAGGGGAUAAAGCAAAUAACUGGUGGAUGCGCCAUCACCCUCGUGUUUUGGAUAUGCAAUUCAAAGGAGGAGUAAAGAGAGCAGAAAAAUCAAAUGCUAUUGAUAACUUUGUUGGUGACACUGUUGGAAAAGAUAUGCCUGAAACGCAGUUUGCUGCAAUGGUAGAAAACAGACCUGCCCCAUUGACUGUGGAAGAGAGGGCGGCAUGGCUCAAGAAACUCAGUGGUGUUGCUCUGUCUUCUGAUGCAUUCUUCCCUUUCCGAGACAAUGUGGAUCGUGCAAAACAGAGUGGUGUGGAUUACAUUGUAAGUCCAGCUGGUUCAACAAAUGACAGUGUUGUGAUUGAUGCUUGUGAUGAACACAACAUUGUGCUAGUCCACUCCAACCUCAGACUUUUCCAUCACUAAAGAUGCCUGAAGACCAAGAUUGUGCAUAGCAGUUCCUAAAUUUGGUAAAAUGAUUCCUAUAUUUGUGAGUUAGAUUACUAUUUAACAGUUUCUACAUUUGGAAGUAUUCAGAUCAAUAUUUAAUUAUUCAAUUUGUUUGAAAUGCUCAUAGUAUUUAAAAUUUUCAUGAAGUAUACAAAUAUGAAGGUUAUAAAAAGCCAAAGCAUGGUACGAACAUUUAUAUUUAAUGCAGUAAACAUAGUAAGUGGUCUGUC